AUGAGCGCCGCGGGCCCCGGGCCCGGGCCCGGCCCCGACCCCGGCCCGCAGGAGGGGGAACCGGGGCACGGCCCCGGCACGGCCCGGCCGGACAGCCCGCAGGAGGAGUUCGACUUCUCCAUCCUCUUCGACUACGACUACCUGAAGCCGAUCGAAGAAGAACCGACUCCACAUAAAACCAACAGCCCACCCUCUGGAGUUACAUACGCUCAUGAUGUCCUGGACUGUGGCCUCAAGCCAUGCCCCCUGCCUUUUCCUAGCCUUUCUGCAGAUCCCAUGGGCAGAUAUGGACAGCCAGAUAGCAUAGGGCCAACACCUACACACCCUGCCAACGCUGCAGGGGCCUCUGCUCCGAGCCCUAGGAUUGAAAUAACUCCAUAUCAUGAACUGAUUCAUUCGGGGGGUCCCUUCCGCAGCAGAGACACAGAUGUUCUGUUGGUAGAACAUCAGCCAAACUCAGCCACCACUAGCCCGAGGGUUACCCUGCCUGUCCCUGGCUUUGAGGGCUACAGAGAACCACUGUGUCUGAGCCCAGCUAGUAGCGGCUCCUCUGCAAGUUUCAUUUCAGAGACAAAUGUAUCUCCUUGCACAUCACCAUGUGUUUCACCAAAUAAUGGUCCUAGUGAUGACCUUUGUCCGCAGUUUCAAAACAUCCAUACUCAUUAUUCUCCUAGAACCUCUCCAAUAAUGUCACCACGAACAAGCAUCACGGAGGAAGCCUGCUUGGGACGCCACUCACCAUCACCCUGUCCCAACUCAAGGUCCUCGUCGCCAGGUGCAAAGCGGAGGUUCUCUUGCACCGGGCUCUACGGCACCCCGCUGCCCUCCGCCUCGCCUCGGCAGUCACGGACCCCCUCUCCACAGCCCUCUCCUCGCAUCCCCCCGAGAGAGGACACCUCUGCAGUCACUUACACACAGCUGGCCAGCGCUCCCCUUUCCAUGGAUGCUAUGAGCAGCCUUCCCACGGAUCCUUCCUGCGGCGUCCCCACGAAGAUCUGGAAAACCAGCCCCGAUCCUUCGUCCAUGUCUUCCCACAAAAACAGCAUUCCGUGUCACGUCUUUCAGGCCGUUGACUUCCACGGGCCCUGUGAGCAGGAGGACAGGAGAAACUCGGCCCCAGAAUCCAUUCUGUUGGUUCCUCCAUCCUGGACAAAGCAGCCGGUGCCUGCAAUACCAAUCUGCAGCUUGCCCGUGCAGUCCCUCCCUCCCCUGGAGUGGCCCCUGUCCAGCCAGUCUGGCUCCUACGAGCUGCGCAUCGAGGUGCAGCCCAAGCCCCACCACCGCGCGCACUACGAGACCGAGGGCAGCCGCGGCGCCGUCAAGGCUCCCACCGGCGGCCACCCCGUGGUCCAGCUGCACGGGUACAUGGAGAACAAGCCCCUGGGGCUGCAGAUCUUCAUUGGCACGGCGGACGAGCGCAUCCUGAAGCCCCACGCCUUCUACCAGGUCCAUCGCAUCACGGGCAAAACCGUCACCACCACCAGCUACGAGAAGAUCAUUGGCAACACCAAAGUGUUAGAGAUCCCCCUGGAACCCAAAAACAACAUGAAAGCAACCAUCGACUGCGCGGGGAUCCUGAAGCUGCGCAACGCGGACAUCGAGCUGCGCAAGGGCGAGACCGACAUCGGCCGCAAGAACACGCGGGUGCGCCUGGUGUUCCGCGUGCACAUCCCCGAGCCCAGCGGCAGGAUCGUGUCCCUGCAGGCCGCCUCCAACCCCAUCGAGUGCUCCCAAAGGUCUGCUCAUGAGCUUCCAAUGGUUGAAAGACAAGACAUUGACAGCUGCCUGGUUUAUGGAGGACAGCAGAUGAUCCUCACUGGACAGAAUUUCACAGCAGAGUCCAAGGUGGUGUUCACAGAAAAAACAUCAGAUGGGCAGCAGAUCUGGGAAAUGGAGGCAACGGUGGACAAAGACAAGAGCCAGCCUAGCAUGCUUUUUGUGGAGAUUCCCGAGUACAGGAACAAGCACAUCCGCACAGCCGUCAAGGUGAACUUCUAUGUCAUCAAUGGCAAAAGAAAAAGAAGCCAGCCCCAGCAUUUCACCUAUCACCCAGUACCAUCAAUCAAAACAGAGCCCAUUGAUGACUAUGAUCCAGCCCUAAUCUGCAAUCCAGUGCACAGUGCUCUGGGGACAGUAACACAGCCUUACUAUUCACAGCACUCAAUGGCCACCGAGUCCCCUUCCUGCCUCGUGGCCACCAUGGCUCCUUGCCAGCAGCUGCGCUCAGGCCUCUCCUCUCCCGACUCGCGGUACCAGCAGCAGAACCCGGCUGUCAAUUACCAGAGGAGCAAGAGCCUGAGCCCCAGCCAGCUGGGCUACCAGCAGCCCGGCCUGAUGGCCGCGCCCGCGGCCAUGGCGGACGCGCACAGGUCCGUGCUGGUGCACGCCGGCUCUCCGGCCCAGAGCUCGGCCGUGCUGCAGCACUCCCCGGCCCACCAGCAGUCUUCUCCUGUCAUCCACUACUCUCCAACCAACCAGCAGCUGAGGUGUGGCAGCCACCAGGAGUUCCAGCACAUCAUGUGCUGCGAAAAUUUCACGUCCGGCGCGUCGAGGCCCGGCCAGGCGCAGAGGCUCAGCCCCAGCUCGUACCCCACGGUCAUCCAGCAGCAGCAGGCGGCCCCGGGCCAGCGGGCGGCCAAGAACGGGCCACCAGGGAGCGAGCAGAAGGACGUGCUGCCAGCAGGAGUGACCAUCAAGCAGGAGCAGAACCUGGACCAGGCCUACCUGGACGAUGUUAACGAAAUUAUCAGGAAGGAAUUUUCUGGACUCCCUGCCAGAAGCCAGACAUAGAAGAAGAGAUUUGUGAGACAACUUUUACCAAAC